AUGAAUUACGAAUUUGAACGAGAAAUUGGUUUUAUCAAUAGUCAGCCGUCGCUUGCUGAGUGCCUGACAUCUUUUCCCCCUGUCGGUGAUACAUUUCAAAGUUCAUCAAUCAAGAACUCGACGCUUUCACACUCGACAGUGAUUCCUCCUCCUUUUGAGCAAACCAUCCCUAGCCUGAAUCCCAGCAGUCACCCUCGCCAAAGCCGGCCAAAACAGAGCCCAAAUGGUACAAGUCCUUUACCAGCCGCGACUCUACCUCCGGAAUACCCCUGGAUGAAAGAGAAAAAAAACUCCAAGAAGAAUCACCUGCCCGCUUCUUCUGGACCCGCAGAAUCCUGUCUUUCCCAAAAAGAAACUCAUGAAAUUCCGGAUAAUACAGGCGGGGGAUCGCGGAGGUUAAGGACAGCUUAUACAAACACACAGCUUUUGGAGCUGGAGAAAGAAUUUCACUUCAACAAGUAUCUGUGUCGACCCAGGCGGGUGGAGAUUGCAGCCUUGCUUGACUUGACUGAAAGACAAGUGAAAGUGUGGUUUCAAAACAGACGAAUGAAGCACAAAAGACAGACCCAAUGCAAAGAAAACCAAAACGGAGAUGGUAAAUUUAAGAAUUUGGAGGACAGUGGGCAGACUGAAGAUGACGAAGAGAAGUCACUCUUUGAGCAAGGCAUCAACAAUGUUACUGGCGCUCUCUUGGAUAGGGAAGGGUAUACUUUUCAAACCAAUGCACUGACUCAACAGCAGGCCCAGAAUUUACACAAUGGAGAAUCCCAAAGUUUCCCAGUUUCGCCUUUACCCAGCAAUGAGAAAAAUCUAAAACAUUUUCAUCAACAGUCACCCACUGUUCAAAACUGCCUGUCAACAAUGGCCCAGAACUGUGCAGCUGGCCUGAACAAUGACAGUCCAGAGGCCCUUGAUGUCCCUUCUUUACAGGAUUUUAAUGUGUUUUCUACAGAAUCCUGCUUACAGCUUUCAGAUGGAGUAUCGCCUAGUUUACCAGGGUCCCUGGACAGCCCUGUGGAUCUUUCUGCUGACAGUUUUGACUUUUUUACGGAUACUCUAACUACAAUCGAUUUGCAGCAUUUGAACUACUAACUGAACAGUCGCUGUAAGCAAAAUAUGCCUUCUUUUAAAUUCGUUUCCUUUCCUUUCAAAUGGUCAGUAUUUUUUCCUUCCAUUUUAAUUAACUUGAAUGUGUUGAGGACCAUCUAUAAUUGCAAAGAUCAGUCAUUAUCGUUGGACUUUCCCUCAUAUUUCACAACUUGCUAUUCGGCAAGACAUGGGUCUACGUGAAAAGUAUUUCAUAGAUUUUGACCAAUCGCUACUAUUACCUCUUUUACUUUUGU